AUGGUGAAAGUCAAGUAUAUGGGAGAGUAUAACUAUAUACCCUCGAUACCUGCUGCAGUGAUUGUUGCCAUUAUUUUUGGCAUUGCAAGCAUAGCACAUACAUGGCAGAUGGUCCGCAAUCGGACAUGGUUCUUUAUCCCAUUCAUAUUCGGAGGCAUCUUUGAGAUCGUAGGAUAUGCCGCACGCGCCAUUUCCUCAAACCAAUACCCCAACUAUACCAUCGGCCCUCUCGCGGUACAAGCAGUCUUCAUCAUGGUAGCACCUUCACUCCUUGCAGCGACCAUUUACAUGACACUCGGUCGGAUCAUGAUAGUCACCGAUGGAGAAAAAUACUCCCUUAUCCGGCGAGCAUGGCUCACCAAGAUAUUUGUUGUCGGCGAUAUAAUAUCCUUCCUCGCCCAAGCUGGCGGCGCCGGGAUGCUCGUCCAAGCUAGCACAGCAGCAAAUGGCGAAAAGAUCAUCAAGAUCGGCCUAAUCGUUCAGAUUAUCUUCCUAUCUCUAUUCCUUGUCACCAGCGUCAGCUUCCACAUUCGGUUGUCGAGAAACGGAUCUGCAUAUGCGGCACAAGUUCCCUGGAAGAAACACCAAAUUGCGCUGUACAUUACCAGCGCGGUCGUAUUUGUGCGUUCGAUCUUUCGAUUCAUCGAAUAUGACUUGGGGAGUAGUGGGCCGUUGCUGCAGCAUGAAUACUGGUCUUAUAUCUUCGAUGCGUGUCUUAUGGUUAUUGCCAUGUUCGUGUUUAUUGUGGUUUACCCCGGUGAGAUCGGGAAACUUCUCCAGGACAGGAAGAAGGGGGAUGAUAGGAUGGAGUUGCUUGAUGAGGGAUAUGUACACUAUCCAUAG